GGAAGGAGCGUCGAUCGCCUGCGAGAUGGAAGAUAGUUGCUUCGGCUUCGUGUGCAAGCUCGACGUUGCUUCGACCUAUUCGAAGGUGGACGGCGGAGGAGAGAGAUGCGAACUCAAGAGACUAGUCACCGGCAGUGAGGUCUUCAAGAAAAUGAAAGCUGCGGCCGCGCAAGACACAGCAAAAC